AUGAUACAUAAGCCAGUUGCCGGAUUUGGUUAGCUGUGGUACAGCUGCUCCCCUUUGUUGUCCUCCUUUACACAGACAAUAAUGCUUGCCUGACACACACUGUUCCCUCUUGGAGUCCCCUGUAUCAUUAUUCCCCCGUCCACCAGUGUAACUCUACUGCAAUGCCUUAUAUCGCAGCCCCAUCGCCUCGCCGUGCUCGUUCAUCCAAUUUGUCGGCGCGAUCAGUGACACUACCACAGCGCUUCGCAAGCCCAUCCCCCGCUCAAACCUUCGCGCGUCGUCUUCCUCUUUGUCUGGACAACCCCGGCUCCAACUCAGAGCUUCCCCAGUCACCUCUUUCAGCACGCAAUUCAAUUCCACCUUCACGUUUAUCCUCACCAAUCGCACUUCAAGACAUUCCUUACAUGUCUCUACAUUCCAAGUCGCCUACCCCCUGUAAUGCGCCACUGAAGAGGAGGACCACUCCCCGACCCUCCCGUUCGGCGAGAAGGCGCCUCCACCUGCCCCGUAUUGAUUGUCCGCUUGAUCCCUUCAGGCGUGCAGCUGUCUUCGAUCAGCUUUCGUGGAUACCCGCCCUGGACGCACCACCAUGUGUAGAACAUGAUAUUGCGGACCUCUCACAAAUACCCCUGAAAGAGGACUUCUCGCAUUCUGCACAUUCCGUACCCGCCACUGGACCAGUACGUCGAAGAAAGACGUCUAUGCGUUCAAACUCUCUCGCCUCGACUCCUAGUAACCCAACCGAUGUUUCUAUAUUACCACUCUUACCGCUCCACCCGUCCGCAUGCCCGACGACGCCACCCCCACGCAACUCUUUCGAUCCCAGUCGGGUUACUUUCCAAAAUCUUAUGCCUGUUUUCCCACAUGGUGCCAGUCCAGACAUGUCAACUUACGACACUUCUUGAGCCCUGACUCCCACCGACCGUUCCCUAACUCCUCCCUCGUUAACUUACCCCGGAUUUGGCACCUUGCUUAUCAUUAACGGACUAUCUAUCUCCGUCCAAUUCAAU